GCCAAGAAGCAACUUCCGUAUUGCAAAGCAUUUUGGUACUUGUGUACACUUCCAUAUCAUUCUUCCACAUAACUAGCUAGUUUGUAGUUUUAGACCCACGAGCAGUUCUUUUGUGUCGUUUCCUCAAAUUAUAUCGAUAGUGUUCCACUGGUUUAUGAACAACGCUGAAAUUAAACAAACAUCGGUAUGGCGGAGGGUGCCAGCGGUAACGCGGUGAAUCUUCCUCCCGGAGAUCCUCAGCUAAUCGGUCUCAUCGUGGAACAUCUCAAAAACCGAGGCUUAUUCGACGAGUUCCGCAGAGAUUGCUUGGCAGAUGUGGAUACAAAGCCUGCCUACCAGAAUCUGCGACAAAAAGUUGACAACUUUGUAUCCACUCAUUUGACCACUCAAGAAUGGAACCCAUCAAUCAACAAAAAUCAAGUGCGAAAUGGGCUAAGACAAAGCGUCGUGCAGUCAGGCAUGCUGGAGUCUGGAGUGGACAGAAUCAUCACCCAGGUGGUGGAUCCCAAAUUGAACCACACUUUCAGGCCCCACAUUGAGGAUGCCAUUCAUGACUUCCUGUCUGCUGAGAAGGAGGAGGGUCCAUCCAACACUCAAUCAGAGACUGAGCAACAAGAGGCUCCAAGCCACACUGGACCCAAAACGCCAUGAGUUUGUCUUCUCUCCUUUUACUUCAGGUACAGAGAAACGUUUUCUGCUGAAGGUAGAUAUUUUUUAGCUCUCCAUCAGGCUGGAUGGACAAGGACCUACUGUCUAGUAAUCAUGGAGCAAGAGGUUUGCACAACUCUUAGUCUUUCUUCAUGUGGAGAAACCAAGCCGUGGAUGUUAGCUGUCAUUGCUAACAGCUACCAAAUAAUGCUCAUAACAAGUCAAAGGGGAAUUGUGCAAAUGACACUGGUAUAGCACCCUCAAACUCAACUCUGGACCUCGAAGCCAGUUCCACUGCAUUUUUUCAUUCAUUGAUUUUGACCUGAGACACCAGGUUGUGUGGAUUCAUUAUCAGGUAGAAGAAAACCUGCAGGCAAUGGACCUCGUAGGCUAAGAGUUGAGUACCCCAGGUAUAGGACAUGGAAUUUUGUUGGUGGUUAUUGAAUUAAAGAGACUGGUAACUUUUUUUUUUUUAAGAGCAGGCAGUAGCCUUUGUAAUGUUGGCUUACAGAUUUUGUCCCUCAGUUUGACACUUAUUGGUGAAUAUUGUAAAUGUCAUUCACCAAUAAAUGAAUGAUUUGGUUAAAAUGUGUACACUGCCCUGUCAUUUGUUAAACUGUGUCAAUACUGUGCUGUACGGGCUGCGGUAAGACUACAUUGCUCAGUUAGCCUAGAGCAGCGUUUCCCACACUUUGUCCUCAGGACCCCAAGGGGUGCAAGUUUUGUUUUUUGCCCUCGCACUACACAGCUUAUUUCCUAUAUUUUUAUUAGAUUAGAAUGAUCACAGCAUUAUCACGUUUGGAUCCAUCCAGAGCACAGCCAGUGAGAUCUCUUCCGGGUAGGAAGGUGUACUGCGUUACAUAGAGGAGACAGUCCAUAAAAGGGAGCGCUGCAGUUUUUGCCAGUUCAAGACUUAACAUCUGGAGUACAACCCAGGUUAUGAAACUAGCUGCCAGGGCGGAGGGAGUAGAACAGCCUGCCCCUGACUGAGGCUUGUUGGCAUUCCUCUGGGUAGGCAGAGUGCAAGUUGAUUGGCAGUGCCUGGGAGCACGGCAUGGUUGCUGUCUCAACACAUCCAUGCUAUAUUUCUCUCGCUGCCCUCAGCCGUGUAGGAGUGAGGCUUAGCUCCAUGGCCCUAAGAUGCAGCUCCAAGGCCCCCAGUAAAAGGAGGGGGAUGAGGGGCUCUGGAUGAGCUGUGCAGAGUGUUCCCGCCUGGCUGGGACAAAGGUUGAAUUGAUGGAGCUGCUUCUGUCAUUCACCACCUCGCCUCUGAGGACGUGCAUACUAGCAGGCCCGCUGUGCUGCACCACUGAGAACUGGCAGGCAGGCCUUUGUUCUCUUUUUUUUAAAAUCAGAGACCUCCACACACUGACACUACAGAAUGGCUUUUAGGAGUGGUCUAAAGAAUUCCGUAAGGAAAUAGUGUGUAGUAGACCGAUAAGCAUUUAGGGCAAGUGGAUACUAGUGAGACAUUGGACUUUGAGCAUAGCUAAUUUGUUGCCCCCCCCCCAACACACACUUACACAAAUUGAAUAAAGGUCCUGGUGGUGUGUCAGGUUUUCAGAGACCAGCAGCAUGGCUACGUGACUCCAGCCCCCACCCUGACAUCAGUGUCUGCUGCUCACGCUAAUUAAGAUGCUUUGCCACAGUUCCUCCAUCUGGGGAAACUCAAUCCUGUCCUGAUUUUAACGCUACAGUUGUCAGCUGUCUGGUGUGAGUAAUCAGAAUCCAGGGUGAGGAAUUUAAUGCCCUGGCUCCACUGCACUCGAGCUGGAAGUCUCUGGUCUUCACUUUAUCUUGUCAGUAGGGGAAAGGGGGGUAAGUUGAGCCACCCUUGUUUCUAGGAAACCAUACACAAAAUUCAUACUUUUACUAAAUAUUUAGGAAAAGUUAAACAUUUCAAGAGUCUAAAGGAAGAAACCACAUGGAAAAAGUCUAAUAUAUGCUAGAGGUUUCAUGAUGCUUCUGUCUAAACCAAAGUAGAUCAUUUUAUACAUCAGUUGGGGUCUCUAAGUUUCAGUAUGAUGUCCUAACCUAGCAUAAAAGUGCAUCCUUGUAGCUGUGUGGGCUAAUUUAGACCAAAUGUUUGCCUUGGGAUUAGUUUAGCCAAUGUUUGAGCAAAUUGAAGUGUUUUCUUACCAGGUGUAGUGCUCAGCAUUAUCAACAGGGCCUGGCCAAUGAUAAGUGUUUUUUUUUAAAAGUGUUUGUUAAAAUAUGCUUAAAAUGUACAAAAAUUUGGGGAAAAGUGAUUGUGUUGAAUUGCGUUUGGGAAAUAAAGUUAGACAUGGUUUCAAAAA